AUGUCGGACGGCCCGCAGAUGGGAUACGAUGCUGGCCUGCUCAGGGACGUGCUCGUCCAGGCAGGGUUCCACCCGGACAGCGUGCGGCUCGCCGCUUUCGGCGAGAGCUCCCACUCCGAGCUGCGUGGGGUGGACCGGUUCAGCUACUGGGCCAGGCAGGCCAGCAGGGACGAGACGGGCGCGGACCUGAGGUCCAGCCUCUUCGUGGACGCCACGAAGACGGAGGGCCGAGGCCCCGCCGGCUCGUCCACGCAGUCCAUGCUGGCCUCUGGCACCAUCUCCCGCAACCCCUUCGUGGCGCACUCCACGCCGGACAUGAGGAUCGUCGACGAGCUCGCGAAGGAGCUCGUCGACGACGUGAAAGCGUGCCUCGUGCAGCUGGCGGGCGGCGCCGCCCGCGCGCCCGCCGCGGCCAGCCAGGCCUCGGAGGAGCUGCGGAGAGCAGCGGACGCGCUGCGGGUGUUCGACGGGCACGUGAGGGAGCUGGCCGCUGCGCACACCGCAGCGCACGUGAGGGCCCUCCCCGAGGACCUGCACCGGCAAGCCGAGCAGGGCGCCCUGAAGCUGCAGGUGGGCGCCAGCUACAGGAGCAACGCGAUCCCCGGGUGGCUGAACAUCGACGCCGUGACCAGCCAGUACGCGCUCCCCAGCGAGCACGCGAGCGUGGUCCUGAAGUCCAUAGGGGUCAAGUCGCCCCAGCUGCCCCUGCCCGCUGGCUCGUGCUCCCACGUCUACGCGGCACACUUUGCAGAGCACCUCGGCCUGCACGACGGCGCCGUCCGCGGUUUCCUGGCCGAGGUCCACGCCAAGCUCGCGCCCGGCGGGGUGCUCCGCAUCGCCGUGCCGAACGCCGAGGUCUACUUCCGGGAGGCACUGGCCGGGCUCGACGGGCAGGGGGGCCGGCGGCGGCCGCCCUUCACGGGCCCGAUGUGGGCCCACCCGAAGGGGACGUUCCGGUGGCAGAGCACCCUCGACACCUUCGGCCUGCAGAACUCGGAGGUGGGGUACUCUGGGCCUCCCAGGUGGUGUCGGAGGGCGGAGGAUCGCGCCGCAUCGCCGAUGCGUCGGCGCCGCGGCGCGAUGCGGCCGCUUUGCUUCGCGUCGACGUCGCCGAUGCAUCACCUACGUUGA